UGGUUUGACCGCGGUCGCUCUGGCGCGAGUGCUCGCCCCCACUGCUCCUCACGGAGGAGAAUCCGGUUUUAGGCGUCAAAAUAUUCCGCCGCUUCUCUCGUUCUUUUUAAAAAUAGAGUGGCUCACCAAAGGUUUACCCGCGGUUCAAUCUACGAGGAUCUAAUCGACUGAAAUCGCAUCGCAAUUACCUGCUCGUGGAAAAGUUAUGCAAUCAGCUGAUCGUCUAGCUUUCUUCUGUCACUUGUCAAAAAUAAACGUCAAAGUAAUUGGCUUAACCUGAGAUUGAGUUACGUGUUUUCCCGUUUCGUUUCGGUGAGAUCGACGACCGACGGGGAACUCAAUGGGAAAUAAUUAUUUCGACGUGACGUAUAAUGCAGGUGGAUUGGUACACGGGAUAUGAGCAGCUUGUCAAGCGCAACCUGACUCUGCUCCCCCAACAGCAAGUGGUGCAGGAACCGCAGCAGCAACAACAGCUCGCUCAGCCUCGUCUGGACAUCAUGACGUCCAUGUUCGAGCAACAGAUCAAGAGCGAGCCGAUGGGGUUCUAUUCGGUCGCCUCGAGUCGUUCGGAUGGCUCCAACUCGAUGGUUAACUUGUCGGACGACCGAGAGGACCUUUCCCAGCAAGAAGGUCAUUUGCAGCCUCAACAACAAACGUUGCAGCCUCAUCAGCAGCAGAACCAGCAACAGAAUCAACAACAGAGCCAGCAAGCUCAACAACAGGCUCAGAACGUGCAGCAAGUUACUCCGACUCGUCAGUCAACGGGGCAGCAGACAGUGAAAGAAGGUUCUCGUUCCAAGCCACAGGCCUGCAAAGUCUGUGGAAAGGUACUGUCGUCCGCUUCUUCGUAUUACGUUCAUAUGAAGUUGCAUUCGGGGAAUAAACCUUACCACUGCACCGUCUGCGAAGCAAGUUUUUGCCGUAAGCCUUACCUGGAGGUUCACAUGAGAACCCACACCGGUGAGCGGCCCUUUCAGUGCGAAUUGUGUCUGAAGCGGUUCACUCAGAAAAGCAGUCUCAAUACUCACAAGCGAGUGCAUACGGGAGAGCGACCGUACGCUUGCGACAUAUGUCAGAAGAGAUUCGCCGUCAAGAGUUACGUGACGGCACACCGUUGGAGUCAUGUGGCGGAGAAGCCUCUGGUUUGCGACAGAUGUUCCCUGACGUUCACAUCCAAGAGUCAGUUUGCAAUUCACAUCCGUACUCACACCGCCAGCACCACCUACGAGUGCAACAUCUGUGGACGUACCUUCGUCCGUGACAGUUACCUCAUAAGGCAUCAAAAUCGCGUGCAUCGUGACAUCAAUCAAGGUAACUCGAAUCAUAAUCCGCCAACUCCGCAGAGCACAGGAGGGGGUACACCAGGUACUGGCUUCGAGAGUCCAGUCUGUGACUUGCGGUACAACGAGGGACCCACUUCCUUGGAUGGUCUCGGUGGUGGCAAAGGAGGAAUCGCCGCCGAGAUCGCCAGCCUAGCCAAGCAGAACAGUCUACAGCUUCCUCUUCCCCUGUUACACCCGCAGACAACCAACUAGUGUUUAGACGGCGGCGCUUCGCAGACCCUGCCGUCACGCCAAUCUCCGCAGGAAGUAGUAUGUCCCGUCUCGGCAAACUCGCCGUUUGCACUUAACUCGCCUGUGUCUCACGAGCACGCUACGUCGCAGAGUGUCUACCAAACGACAGGGUCCAACGAUUCCGGGCCCUUGGACAGUUCCGAUUCUCACGAUUACUCUCAAUUGUCCCUGGUGGACUCGUCGGGGUCUCACCAUAAUAUCCAUCAACUGCAUCGAGGUGUCCCUCCACCAGGACUUCACCCUGCGCUGUACUUGUACGCUCAGUAUACCAACACGAAUUCCUCGAUUUCGUAUCCGGAAUAUAUCCAGCGGAACAAUUAGAGAAGGAUUUAUGCUAGCACGUACAUCGGCUGGGCCCGAUUGGUCGAAAAGAAAGAGUUCACUUUCCACGGAGUCCUGAUUUUUCUUGUGAUUUACCACGGUUGGUGCGUUGAAUUAGUGACGUUCGCCUCUCUACUAGAUUUAGAGUGUCGUUUGACAGGGUCAGCGAUUACUCUGCAAAUUUUACGUACCGAUUCUUGAUUCGUUGACGAAGAGUUCGGUACUAUUGGAUCAUCGAAGGCUUGUACGACCUAAGCUUUCGAUAUCGCUGUCUCUCGAAGAGAUCGUUCGAGUUAUUAGGUUUAUCAUUUGACGCGAUGUUUCAAAAACAUUAGAAAUUUCGUAUUUAUUAGGCCGUACCACCUGCCAUGUGCUAUUGGAAAAGUGCCAUACUUUGAUUUCUAAUCAGCUGCUCCGAAAGAUGGUGAAUCUUGAUGCUAGCAUAAACGAAGUAUUCGAGUCUUGGCGCACUUUCACCGUACUGGAACGUUUCUUUUACCAUUCGUUUAACGAAGCCUGCAAUUAAGUACGUACUGCUGCAAUUGCACGCGUCACACAUAUUUAUAUUUAUAUUUUUAAAGAAGUUAGUCACUCGGAUCUGUGAUAUAGAUAGUAAUUAUUAUCUACAAGGUUUAAAUAUUGGUUUACCGUUUCGCCAACGAGUUAAAAGUAACGUCACGGGCAAUAUAAAUGUCGGACUUUGACGGAUGUCCUUGUCUAGGAAAGGUGUUUGGUAGACACCCUCUUACCUAAAAUCGCUACAAUAACGUUAUUAUUAUUGUUAUUAUUACCACCGGUAUUACUACCAUCGCUACACCGCUACUUCUGCUACUACUAUUACCACUAUCGUAACAAUGAGUACUACUAUUACUUCUAUCGCAAGUACUCCUAUUUGCUACUCUAUGAGUACUGCUGCUACUACUCAGUCAAGAUACCACGGCGAAUGGUAUCUAUUAACUAAUUCUAAUAGUCCUAGAGCUACUACUGUUGUUAGUACCAUUUUAUCGACACUAUUAUCAUUGAUAGCGAACACGCGUGCACGCAGUUGUUGAGGCAAUGUUUCCAACAUAGUUAAGUUAAUCGAAGUAGACCCAAAAUGCGCAACUCAUGGUUUCUUUCGCUCCGAUAUCCUGCUUCGCUGCUCUUUCUCCGGAGACUAGCCAACUACUACUUCAAGCUACGCCCAAUAAUUUACUGUCUAAUACCUUAUUCUUUGUUUAUAGUCCGAGUUCCUGUUAGAAAAUUGAAAAGUUGACCCACCACCCAAAAGGCAUAAGAUUCAAGCCUGAGGUGCCCUUUCAGCAUUGCUUUCGUGAACGAUCCAACACGGGCUAACCAGGCGUUAAAUAUUGGAGCACAUAAUUUGUCAACAAUUUCCGCUAUAAUGCGUAUCUAAAGAUUUGAAUAUAGUGGGGAGUACUCCGUAUCUAAAAAGUCGUUACGUAAAUUCCUGAAAUCGACGACCAAGGAGUGCCGGGAAUUGGCAUCAUUUCGGGAGAGCAGGGAAACCAUGACAACGGCGUGACGCUAGGCAUUAACCCCGUGAUUACUUAGCGAGGAUCCGAUCGAGUAGCUCCGCAAAGAAAAGGCUCGAUCCUAAGUGAUUCGACCUAGUUUGUAAGCGAAUCCCACGUUAGCGUGCCUCAAUAAUAAUUUAGGUAUACAACGUAGGUACGAUCUUUCAUAUUUUCCCACCCCGUUAUUAUUCGGCGAGCUCGUUUGCUAACUGCGCGCGUAUGCUGGAGGCUUUCAAUUCCAUGUUGGGCGAGAGCGAGUCAUCCGGUAAGACUGAUGUAUAAACGUAUCGACAAAGGACUGUUUAAAUUCGCGGAUUUAGUUGGAGGGCUUUCAUGGGUGCAUGGGCUAUGUAAUAGCGAGCAUGUACCGCGGGAGAAUAAUGAUCUUCACAUUGGCUAGUCAUUGCGCAGCUCUGUGCGAGGGUAACGUACUACUAAGUUGUGAUUAAAGCCUCUUUGCAUACGCCAGCGCAGCUCCUAACUAGUGAUACGCGUGUAUAAUCUAUGUACAUAUUUGCACGUUAUUUACGCGUAAACCACGUGCGCGAUUACGGAUAGUAACGUUAGGAUAAUGGUUCUACGCACUUUUGUUCCAAUUAACGUGAUAAAGAAUAACGAGACGAGAGGGCAGGGUGGCCGAAUUCACAUUAUGCGAGCAUCCACGCACGCUCCAGCGAAAGCGUCUCAAAACCGCACUCGCGACCUUGUUCGCGUUAUUUAUUUUUAGGCAGCUUUUAACGGUGGCUUUUUUUUUUAUGGAGUAUUUUCUAUGUUAAUCGGGCUGUUUGGGCGUGCCAUUUUAUCGUCUUGAAUGCCAGCGAUUGGACGAACUGUUUUAUGAAAAAAGUCGUUUCAAGAAAUCCGCGUGGAGAGUGUCAGCAAAGGAGCGCGUUAUCGUAUAUUCGAUUAACAUCCCCGUGGAAUAAAAAGUACUGACGAGUAUUUCGGGUUAAAGAUUCGAAUUAAAAAUGUAUGUUGAACGUUGGGAUACAUGCGUACGGAAUAACAUUAUGGCGACAUUCAAGAUCAUUUCUUGGCUGGGAGGUUUGUUCACCCGAUCAUUGAUUAUUCGGAUACUCAUCCUGCAUAGUACAAUACGAUGUCGAGGGUCAAGUAGGACGGUGUCGCUUGCAAUUUUGCGAAACUUUCGUCUCCGCGAGUACGUGCCUCUCGUUUAAUGUGAAUUUGGCCAAAGGAAAAGAGGGUCCUCAAGGGCAACUCGAAGCUACUGAACUUCGCUAUUGAGAUUCUUUUACCGAUCGACCGCUUAAUUACUAAUUAGCGUGCAUUAGUAAUCUUUCUUUUAAGCUCGUGAUAUAUAUAUACAUGUAUAAUGUAUGAUGUUUGCAUAUUUUUCCACGGAAAGGGGGAACAGUGAAAUCAGGUCUUCUCGCAGCGUCCUCGGGGCCAGUCCCCAGGUCUACCCCCGAGGACCGCUUCGUCGGAGAUUUCGCCGGUGGAACGAAGCGACUAUUUAUUUUUAUCUAUACCCACUGCGAAAUAUACUCGACGACCGUGUGUUAAUUCGCCGGGGACGGUCCUCCCAUCUCCGAGUCGACAUGCGAAGCUUAUUUCUACGCGAGUAAAGGAAAACGAGGAAGAAAGGAAAAUUCCGUUCCGGAAAUCGAGAGGCUAUCGAGAGCCCGUGUAAAUAACUUAAGUAAGGGACGAACGUCUUGUAAAGGGUCUACGUAGAAUCCUCGGGAAAACCCACGAUAUUGUAGUCGUUAAGGCACUAAGUAUCAGGUCGCAACAGCUAUUUUCUAUAUUUAAGGUAAAGCGGGGAUCGAAGGCGAGCGCGAGACUCCUCCGCGGCUGGCCGCGACUCGGAGGGCAGACGCGGCCGUAAUUCGAAAAUAUAUAUAUAUUCUUAGUGCCGGUUGUCGCGGAUUUCUACUUCCGUUUUAUUCAUUAAAAUCCCCCGUGCACGUGUUAAGACCACCAGCGAGGUCUGUACAGUCCCCCUACUCCGCUGUCACUAUAUUUACACGCAAUUGUUGUUACGGUUGUCGCGACUCUGGGGUAGAGCGAGGGUUUCGUCUUUUCUCGUGCACCUAUCAAUUUGCUUAUUAUUAACUACGUCUACGGUAAUCUCCUGUCCGUGUAUCAUAAUUUUUCCUGCACUGUAAACGUCAUAAUGACGUUCUCUCGAGCUCGUAGACGAGUGCGAAAAGGCCAGGGCUGCUCCUCCGAAUCGUGCAAUCUGCGGUAUUGCGUCGCGCUCGUACGACUUGCGAAACUAUCGAGUUGGCAGCCGCGCGAGUUUAGCGUGACAUAGCGAGGUAGCACAUUAAAUAGAGAGCUAAUGUUACUUUCGAUACUCGUUGAGAGACUCCGCGUAUAUUCUGUUCACGGUCAGGGCGAAGGAUCAACCGAGGCAUGUACCGCUCGACCAUCCAGCCCCGAUCGUCGCUUAGAUCCGAAAUAUCGCGACUUUACUUCGUACCUACGGAUCUCGAUUGGAUAUGAAUCUUCCGCGAAUGCACGCGCGAAAAGUAUGUCCGUGUAAAGAUUAGUUGGCAGACCCGGAGAAUUUGUAUCAAAAUAGGACGACCAAUGGUCUGGGAAAAUGAGGAACAAAGCCCGUCGGCGCAGCGGAUUAAUUCCUCGGGCAUAAUUUAACUUCUAAACGUUGUGUCUUAUUCAUUUCUCGUUUCCCUUUUUUUUUCGUCGAUCGUGGUUGCGCAACGUACUGCAAAAAGAUUUGGCGCUAAAUUCGGCAGUGCCGAGCCCACGCACCGUAAAUGUUAGUAACAGCGGCGACGUGCAAUAUAGGUCCACUCGGUUGGAUUUAAUAACAAAUGUUUUUACACGGUAUGGAAUUACGAGGAAGGUUUGUUAUCCGUUUAAAUCAUGAAUCUCGCUCGAUUGUAUAUUAAAUGCGGAUUUUACUAUUCGUGCGUUAAGGAAUAGCGCAGUACAUUUGUUCCUCAUUUUCUCGGUUAUGUGAUUUUUCCGUCCCAGCAUUCACAUAAUGUGUGUCGGUAGUGAGACUGUAGCACAAAUGCGCGAUGCACGUAACCACUGGUGUGUAAGUUGCAUACAAUUCCUUAAAGGUGUAUUGUUCGUGUCAUGCGUUUGCUGGGAAUGCGUAUGGGUUUUGCAAGUGGCUGUCGCUAACAGGAUUUUCGAUUCGACCGUCUUGCACCGGCCGCAAAUUCGAGCCGCUGCUACCUACAUUGUCAGCUAUUGUUUACCAAUUAUGCUCCUCCGGUGUAUAGCGAUUAAAUCGAAAAUCGCGAAAAUGAAAAACCACCGAGUCGCGCCGACCGGCUAACCAGCAGAUUCGGUACAUCGUUCUUUUCGUGGGUUAAUUUUCGCCAUUACAAGAGGCUCCGUUUGACGAGCCGAUCGCGAAUUCUCUCGUAUAAUAGUUCUGCAAGAACACGGAAAACGAAGCCCUACUCUUUCGCACGUUUGCUACAGCCAUUACUUCACGUACAAUAUCUCUAUUUCUACGCAUAAAGUUCUGUAUAAAAGGAAUCGACGAGGCUCCGACGAGAACGAACGCCUCGUCCUCGUCGGAUUCCACGUCGCGUUGGCGCAGUUAAAAAAUUAGGAAACACCGAAUAAGAUCGCCGACCAGCGAGCUUUUGCAGUGUACAAAGUCGCGCAUUACGGAAAACCUAGUCGAGAUCUUAUUCCCCGAAUUUCCGAAAUCGCGUACCAGGUCGGGAAACGCGAUCCGAGUCCCUGGCCUCUAAAAGGAGUCGUAUAAUUCGAAAGGACGUAGUAUUCGAGUCCGUUCGUCGACCUGGAAUAAAAAAAACAAAAAGAAGCGCGAGUCCACCUAUUCAAAGUACGAAUCGACAUAGUGCGUCGCUCGACAUUGCGCGUGUACCAUUUUGCUUCUUUAGCAGAGUACAAUGCCAUUUAUUUUUGUAAUACGUUUACGUAGAAUAGCUGUUAUUUUUAUAGAGGUUUACCGUGCUACCACGUAAGUCCACACGUAAGUCUUAGGCCUGCUUAUCUAGAGUAUCGUAGCGCACGUAACGUGCUGACCGUCGCUUUAAGAUAUAUGAAGAAGCUAACGACUCGCCUUAUUAAUAAAUACAGGCGAUCCUCCAAGGGACGAGGUGGCCGCGUAUCCUCGAGCGACGCAGACGCUGAAAAAACGUAUACGAGAGAACUUCCUGAACGGGCUUCGGCUCGGUCUCCAAUUGCUGUAACGUGGCCGAGGGAUACCAUUUUAAACGUAACGUUAAAUGCGAAUGGCGGGAAAAAGUGUCUUCCCACUCGUGCCGUAACGCGGCGGCCCCUCCAUGGAUUCACCGUAUAACGAAUUUUAUAUAGCAAAGUAUUCUCGAUAUCGUAAAUCUGCGAAGCGGCUGCUACGUUCCGGCCAACACGAUGUAAAAAGGAAAAAGAUAGAGAGAGAGAGAGAAAAUAGUUAACGGGACGUAAACCCCGAAUUUUCGGGGGAUCUCGUUAACGCGGCCAUUUUACCGACCUUAUAAGUAUAACUAGCCGCCGAGUUAGCAUCAGAUGGAGAUAUCUGUGAAACGUUAUUCCGUAUUAAUUGUUAUACCCGCUACGUUGCACCGAUUGGUAACCGGCCUCGAGAUUAAAAAGCCACCGGGAAACGUAGGUACUCGAUUAGGUGCGUCUUCGUCAGAAGGCGACCUCUCCUGGUGAUUUAGUAUCGACGUAGUAGGAACGAGCGAGUCCUGCGACCUAGUGCAGACCUUGUAGAUCCUAAAAUCUAGUACGUCUGGUUCGGGUCUCCUUUAUUCCGAGACUCGGUGCGGAUCCCGUAAAUCCCAGGACACCAAAUAAUCGCGUACGCGUCGUCGUACAAAACGGACGGAGAUACACUGCGGAAAUUGAACAAAACACGAGGAGAACACACUUUUGUAAUAGUAAAGCGAUGCUUGACCAUAGUUUCACAGACAUAUCCUGGCUAACACAUCCUUACGUACGUACCGCAUACCUAGCUGUAUACAUAUAGGCGUUUUACAUAGAUACAUUAAAUGUGUAAACAAUAUACAUAUUAUAUAUAUAUAAAUAAUACUAAAAUACGGUUACGCGAGAUACAAUAUACAUAGGUACAUGUAACGAUGGUACAACUAAGGCAAGUAUGUACUGUACAUAGCUGUCAGACCCUCUGUCCACCGUAACGUAACGUCUCUAUACAUACUACAUUGUAACGAGAUACAUUAACCGUUGUUGUACGAAUUAUGAUUAUUGUUACGUAUAUGAUUACGAGCAUUAUGUCUCUUCCGAGAGCAGGGUCGUCGCGCAAGAUCCUGGAGGUCUCGGCUAAUUCGAGAGGUCCGAGAGACCUGGUUUUCGAUGCGGCAAUUGGUGUCAUCUCCGUCUCAUUAUUAUUGAUAUUAUUAUUAUUACGGUUAUUAAUACCAUUACCGAUCAUUUGUAACGUUAUCGCUAGCGCGAGAGAAGCGGUAGUGCUGUGUAUACAUUUUCCUUGGGUACUUCUCGCUGCUCGCUCCGAGAGUUCCCUCACUAAAAAAGCGCCUUUAGGAGGUAUGAGAUUUCUUUGGCGAAUUUUGAAGCUUUCGUUUUCGAUUGACAACCGGACUGAGAAAUCGUUGACCCACGGUGACCUCGUUCUGUGAUAAUUUAAGAGCAUAAUUGUUUCGAUUCGUCCUCGUUGGGUCCAGCGAAGGGAUGGCGAAGAGUCGCGACGUCAUUCCGUACUGGUUCUCUAUUUUUAUUUUUAUCUUUUUUUUUUAUUAUAUACAUAUAUAAUGAAAAUUCACGCGAUCUUUUACGCAGGAGAGUGCUUCGAACGAGCCCGUUGGCAAUGCGAGUUCAUCCGCCAUGUCGAAUAUGUUUAAAAUUGUCCCGUGAUAACGGUUUAAAUUUUGUACGGUGAUAACGAGCGUGGCGGUGAUGACGUUUGUACGCGUCAAGGGGAGGCAGGUUCCUGCUUAGAGAUACCUUUUGUUAAACGUUCGCUUCUUCGGAUGUAUCGUUCUUUAAGUAAACAUUUUAAGGAUGCACAUGGUUUGCAGGGCUGGGGACGAGAUCGGCUUGGAAGUUGCGAGGAGGGACUGAGCCGAUCGGGCAAA